AUGGACAUAAUGAAUGUAGAACUGGAGGUCAUCAACAUAUUGAUGACACCCAACCCUGAAGCUUCAGAUGAUCUCAUUCAGCAGCCUCAAAUAGAUAGUGAAGAGCAUGGGAAAAAAAAACUGUUCUCUUCUCUCACUGUGUCUGUUUCCGACUCCCACGCCAGCACCAAGCUGAGGCUAGGCCAGCUGACCUACUGCUUUGGAACCCUUGGAGCUGUGGUGCAAAAUAGCUACGAAGGCUAUGACUAUUUCAAUGCCCAAACAAACACCUCUACCACAGCUGCCACGUACAGCUAUGACACUGCUGCUGCCAACACCACCGCCUGGGACACCUCUAAAGCUACCACCAUGACAAUGAAUGCUGUUGCUGGCACCACUAUGCCAGUUGCGAGUUACAGUACUGGAACAGCGGGCACUGAGAAUGAGUCCAUUAUAGCGAAGAUAAACCAGCGCCUGGAUAUGCUGUCAAAGGAAAACAGUGGUGGCGAUGGGGAAGGAGUGGAAGAUCAGGGAAGCUCUUUCAGAUUUGAAUCUUUUGAGUCUUAUGACUCCAGAGCCUCAGUGCCUGAUCGUGACAUGUACAGAACCAGCUAUGACUACAGUGAAGGUGGAUCUGACAGAAAUGAUUCUUUUGCAAGCCACUAUGAUGUUCCUAGUAACCGCAGAGGUCAUCCCCGCAACAGAGGAAACAACUAUGGCUUUGCUAGAGGGAGAGGCCAGAAUCGAGGGCAUCUAAACACUUUCAAUCGUGACCGCUUCACGCCAUCAAGUACAGAACGGCUGUCUGCACGAUGGAAUGAGAUGAAUUAUAUGGGUGGGAGAAAUAUGGGAGGACCUGGCCCUGGCCCAAACAGGCUUCCAUCACUCUUUUCCCAAGCGCUUGUCCCGGAGUACAGAGAUUAUGGCGACCAAGGAGACUAUGGAGAUUAUGGCAACUAUGGCGAUUAUGAUUACGGCAUGAUGGGAAUGCGGGGCAUGGGAAGGUUUCCUGGUAACAUGCCCUAUGGCCACGGCAGAUCACAAAGUAGACCCAAGAGGAGAGGUUUCCGUGGUCGUCUAGGAGGGCGUUCAGAUAACGAAGGUGGCUUACGUAAGCGGAAACAGUCCCAAAGUGGAGAUGACCCUGAAAGCAAACAGGCAAAGAUAGAUAGUGAAGAUGACUCUGAUAAUGAUGACUGUGAAGGAGAUGACAAAUCAGGAGAUGAUGGAGAUAAAGCUUCUGGUGAUGGUGGCGAUGAUGACGAUGAAGAGACCAAACAAAGAAAAGAGAAACAGAAGCGCCGGGAUCGAAUGCGGGACCGUGCUAUGGACAGAAUCCAGUUUGCUUGUUCUGUGUGUAAAUUCCGAAGCUUUGAUAAUGAAGAAAUUGAGAAGCACCUACAGAGCAAAUUUCACAAAGAGGUGUUGCGAUACAUUGGAACGAAAUUGCCUGACAAAACUGUAGAGUUCUUGCAGAAGUAUAUCGUGAACAGAAACAAGAAAAUUGGGAAACGCCGUCAAGAGUUGACAGAGAAAGAGGGCACCAAGCCAAAACCAGACCCUUUUAAGGGAAUUGGCCAGGAACACUUCUUUAAGAAGAUAGAAGCUGCUCACUGCAUGGCUUGCGAUAUGCUAAUCCCUGCACAACAGCAUCUCCUUCAGAGACACCUGAGGUCUGUUGAUCACAACAGGAACCGUAGGAUGGCGGCUGAACAUUUCAAGAAAGCUAGUUUCCAUGUAGCUAAGAGUGUCCUAAAUAGCAAACACAUUGUGAAAAUGCUAGAAAAGUACCUCAAGGGUGAUGACCCAUUUACAGGUGAAAACAUUGACCAAGACGUUGAUGAAUCUGAAGCCUUAGAGGGGGCUGAGGGUGAAAGGGCUACUGAAAGUGCUACAGCAGAGACAAAAGAACAUGGUGGAGAUGAGUCUGAAGCCGUCGAAGAAAGUGAACCUGACAAACCAGGAAGCGACGAGAGAAGCUGUUCCACUGCAGUUUUUUGUAAAGAUGAAUCUGUAGAGGAGCAGCAAGAGGAAGCAAAGAGAACGGAGACAGCAGAAACCACAGAAGAACCAUGUUUUCCUUCUCAAGGGAGCCCAGAAGAGAAACCAGCAGAAAACCAAGGGAAGGAGCAACAUGUUGAGAUGGGAGAAAACGUCACUGAAACGCCAGUGGCUGAAAACAAUGACACCAAGAAGGAAACAGUUGUAGCAGCAAGUGCAGAGCUGCUGAAAGAAUGA